AUGACUGGAAAGGAUCGUCAAUUUCUACAUGCAGUCUGCUUCGUGUCUUCAUUAUUAAUUCUGAUUUCUACCAGUUUUGUCGGCAAAUUAUACAACGAUGUCAGUUUACUGCACGAUGAUUUGCUACUUGAUGUCAGUGAGUUCAGAGUUACAGCAGAUAAUGCAUGGGUUGCCAUAAUGGAUUCAAUAGGUGCGAAGCCGUACUUUCAGCAGUCCGAACGUGAGAAGAGACAAACUGGAACGACAGAUUGCAAAUGUGCUCGUCAGCCAAACACAUGUCCACCGGGCCCCGCUGGUCCUCCAGGAACUCCAGGAUUGGGUGGUGAAGAUGGCGCACCAGGUGUAGCUGGAACUCCCGGUAUAGACGGAAUUGCAAUUGCUCCAAAGCAGAAGAAUAGCGAUUUGCUUUGCUACGUGUGCCCACCAGGUCCACCUGGUGUUCUUGGUCCUUUGGGUCCUCAGGGAUUUCCCGGAGCAAGUGGACUUGAGGGACUGCCUGGUGUACCAGGACGAGAUGGACCACAGGGCUUUUAUGGGCCACCAGGUGAUGCCGGCGUUGAAGGAGUUCGUGGAAUUAUUGGUUACAAGGGACUACCAGGUAGAAAUGCCUCAAGAAGUUCUGGAGGUUUAAGUGGGCAACCAGGCCUACCAGGAGUAGAAGGUGCCCUUGGCGCGAGGGGUGCGCCAGGACCGCCAGGAAAACCCGGUCUACCAGGAGUGCAAGGGCCACAGGGACGUACUGGUGUGCCAGGCCAGAAUGGCGAAGUUGGAGAACAGGGUGAACGAGGCGUAGAUGGUCUUGAUGCUGGAUACUGUCAAUGUCCUCCACGAACGUAUGUAGAGGUAAUUCCCAGUUCAGUAAUAGUGGAAAGAAACGUGAAAAGAACAAAAGCUCUUUGA